CCUACAAACCGAACUCCAUAAAUAAACCGCCUUCUCCAUCUCUGCAAACUCUUCAACUUAGGCAAGAAGAACGACGAGAAAGAAAACAAAGCGGUUCUUCAAGGGUUCCGAAUCGGAUAUUCGGAUCGCCUCCGUCAUCGCUGCCAAACCGCGUCGGGAGUGGAGCAAACGUCGCGUCUGUCAGUUACAGGUGAAGUGUAUAAAUGGAUCAACAGGGAAGGUAUUUUACCUUACCUAUGCCUGAGGGUGCAUUUGAUGACAGACAAGGGAAAUCUGAUCCCAUGAACACAGAGAAAAAAUCUAUGAGGUCCAAGAAAGACAAGUUGCUUAUUCACCCGAGAAAUCUUGGCCUAAAUAAUGGACCUGCUGAUUUUACUCGUCGAGAACGGAAUGCCAUUCUUGUGAAUUUCAAGAAUGAGCAAAUGGCAUCUCAGAAUGCUAUUAAACUAGAAAAUGUAGCACUCUUGUCAGCUGAGAAUAGUUUAUCGGACGAUGCUUGUGAAGGAGAUGUUUAUGAAAAUUACCAAGGUUGUCCGUCAAAAUUCCUGCUUAUGUGCUUGAAUAUGAUUCAGAAUGAUCUGGAGCACGAUGAAGCCAUGAUUAAUGAGAGGGGUACACCGUUCUUUGCUCUGCCGUGGGGAUUUGAAUUUUGGAAGCAUUAUUCAAAUGGGAAAAAUAUUCUGGAUACGAGUCAUGCCCAUUCUACAGUUGAGCAAAUUGCUUGGAUUGCAUCAACUGCUUCAGAUACUAUAACAAGAAGGGAGGAAGAAGGAUUUUCAACCACAAACCACUUCCUUUUGUACGUGGUUCCCACUCAACACGAGGCCAUUAAGGUAUGCCAAGUCUUCAGGCCUUUGAAAGCGUGUGGAAUUCAUACAAUCAGUCUACAUUCAGGCACUUCCAUAGACCAUCAAAUUCACGGCAUAAGGAAGUGUGAACCAGAGUUUAUCAUCUCCACCCCUGAGAGGCUUACAGAGCUCAUCUCACUUAAUGCCAUUGACUUAUCUGGGGUUUCUUUGCUGGUUAUUGAUGGACCUGUUUAUGCAGGUGGCAGUAUUGAUGCUAUUAAAACUAUUAGGAAUUUGAUUCCUGGUAGUUCACAGGCUCUGAUUUUUGGUGGUUGCUUGAAUAAUCUUGAGUCUGUUUCUGAACUAUAGAACUCCUCCAUACUCUAUCCUGGCAAACUCCUAUAUUAAUGUAAAACCCAAAAAAAAA